UAAACACAAGGACGUCCCUUUAUAUUAUGACCUACCAGGCUCAUGGCUCCGGCUACAGCUGGGGUGUCGGCCAUUGUCCACGUUACCUCGUGUCACCCACCUGUGCCAGGCAAGCCCAGGCCUGUGUGUAUAGUCCCUGCUAUUACGAUGCCAACAUGUCCCAGUACACACUGGCAGUGGCACACCCCUCACCAGUACCCCUCCCCCACUGUUAAGGAUCUGGUUACUGCAACCUCAGGGCACCCGGCUUUCCACGGGCCCUGAGUGGCCUAUACACUGUCAGUCUUCACUGUAGUUCUGGCAUUCUGUUUAUGAAUGAAGAAGCUGUAGAUCUGCAUAACAAGUUUGAAGGUGAACAUGGCGACGGCGGUUCUACACGAGACCUUGCACACUGGGCAGGAGAUGCCGAUCAUCGGACUUGGCACCUGGAAGAGUGCACCUGGCCAGGUUAAAAGUGCAGUGAAAUACGCACUUGGGGUCGGAUAUCGCCACAUAGACUGCGCCUCUGUGUAUGGAAACGAGACAGAAGUGGGAGAAGCCAUUAAAGAGAGUCUCUCCUCUGAUCAGGGGUUGAAAAGAGAAGACAUAUUUGUCACCUCCAAGCUGUGGAAUAACGUGCAUCACCCGGAGGAUGUGGAGGGGGCGCUGAAAAAGACCCUGAAAGAUCUGCAGCUCGACUAUCUAGACCUCUACCUCAUGCACUGGCCGUAUGCCUUCAAGAGAGGAGAUGACAUCUUUCCACAGAACCCGGACGGCUCCCUGCAGUACGACUACACCGACUACAAGGACACCUGGAAGGCCAUGGAGAAGCUGGUGGAGAAGGGUCUGACCAAGGCCAUCGGUCUGUCCAACUUCAACAAGAGGCAGAUUGAUGACGUCCUGAGCAUCUCUGUGGUGAAGCCAGCCGUGCUGCAGGUGGAGUGUCACCCAUACCUGGCACAGAACGAGCUCAUCGCGCACUGCCACAAGAAUGGUCUUGUUGUUACCGGUUACAGCCCGCUUGGAUCUCCGGAUCGCAGCUGGAGGAAACCUGAGGAUCCCGUUCUGCUGGAGGAGCCCUGCAUCCUGGAGAUGGCAAAGAAGCACUCCAAGUCCGAGGCCCAGAUCCUUCUCAGGUGGCAGGUGCAGAGGAGAGUCGUAACCAUCCCUAAAAGCGUCACCCCUUCCCGGAUCCUGCAGAAUCUUCAGGUCUUUGACUUCUGCCUGACCGAGGACGAGAUGACGCAGAUCGGAGCCCUGAACAAGAACUGGAGAUACAUCGUCCCCAUAAUCACUGUCGAUGGAAAGCCCGUUCCGCGGGAUGCUGGACACCCCAUGUACCCCUUUAAUGACCCCUACUAAGUGGCAUCGCCUGAAGUCUCCGGUCGCAUCGCCAGACUCCGCCUCCUAUGCAGCCGCCAUAUUGCCUUGUGUCUAGUGCUUGAUAAAAAAUCUUCAGGGUUUGUGGAGAAA